UACUGUUACUAGAGUUUUCUUCAUUCUGUGUAUCUGCAUCUGUAACUGUCCAUUUUUCUGCGUAAAGAAUUUAACAAUUGAGACCUACCCAUACGAAGGAAUUCAAUCCCCUUGGAAAAAGACUGUCCACAAGAAAUUGGUGGCUACUGUAGCUCUCAUAUGACAGUUGUAAGAGAAUUAUAAUUAUGAGAAGCUUCGUAAGAAAGCAAGUUUUUUCUGUGAAUGGUCUAUAUACCUGAUAAGAAAAUAAUGCUCUACACUUGGGAUAAUUAAUACAAUUAUCCUAAAUUGAGCAUUGAAGAGCUUCCUGGCUUGAUAUUUUUUCUUCAGGGACUAAACCAAGAGUUGCUUGACAGGUCUUAAAAUUUUUUGGAUUCUUGGUCCUGUUGCAUUUAAUUGGACUCAUGGCCUGAAAUAUGAGCUUUGGGUUAAAGAGAAAUGAGUGGAGGGCUAUUUGAGACUCCGUUUGUCUCAGUAGAAGAUCGGAAAAUUCUGUAUUUUCUAUCAAAAAUAGGUAGAUGAUAGUCAGGUUAGGCUUCUUGGUUGCUGCUUCUAUUGCAGCCUAUGCAGUUCAGCAGGCUAAUAGCAGGAGCUCGAGGUCAUCUUCUUUAAUUAAACCUUCAGAAAAUGAUGAAGCAUCUACAAAUCAUGGGGAUAACAAAGAGCAGUUUUCUUAUUCUGAUGAAGGCCUCAAAGAAGAGGUUGCUGAGGAAGAGGAGAAAGAGGAAGUUAAAUUAAUUAAUGGAAUAAUAAACCCUGCCCUAAGUAAUCAAUUUGACAAUGAAGAUGAGCUUUUCCCAGAAUUUGAAAAUCUUUUAUCAGGAGAAAUUGACUUUCCUCUGCCUGUGGACAAAUAUGAUACCGAAGCAGAUUCCAGAGAAGAGAAAAAUGAAGUGUAUGAAAGUGAGAUGGCAAAUAAUGCAAGUGAACUGGAAAGACUACGCAACUUAGUAAAAGAGUUAGAAGAGAGAGAGGUGAAGCUUGAGGAAGAAUUGUUUGAAUAUUAUGGCUUGAUGGAGCAAGAAUCAAAUAUUGCUGAAUUACAGAAGCAGCUUAAAAUUAAGACAAUGGAGAUUGAGAUGCUCAACAUUACGAUAAAUUCAUUGCAAGCCGAGAGGAAAAAGCUUCAAGAGGAGGUGUCUUUGGGAGCCGUUUCUAGGAAAGACCUUGAGGGGGCGAGAAAGAAAUUAAAGCAAUUGCAAAGGCAAAUUCAGCUUGAGUCAAACCAGACUAAAGGCCAGCUUUUAUUGCUUAAGCAACAAGUCAGUGGACUUCAAGCCAAGGAAGAGGAAGCAGUUAUGAAAGAUGCUGAAGUAGGGAAGAAGCUUAAAGAUCUGAAGGAGUUAGAGGUGGAGGUUAUGGAACUUAAGAGGAAGAACAAAGAGCUCCAGCAUGAAAAGAGAGAGUUAAUAGUAAAAUUAGAUACUGCUGAAGCAAAAGUAAAUGCCCUUUCCAAUAUGACAGAGAGUGAAAUGGUUGCCAAAGUGAGAGAAGAGGUGAAUAACUUACGACAUGCAAAUGAGGAUCUCGUUAAACAGGUGGAAGGACUUCAGAUGAACAGAUUCACUGAAGUUGAAGAGCUUGUUUAUCUUCGCUGGGUCAACGCAUGCUUAAGAUUUGAGCUUCGGAACUACCAACCACCGUCUGGAAAAAUAUCAGCUCGCGAUCUCAAUAAAAGUUUGAGCCCAAGAUCACAAGAGAAGGCUAAACAACUGAUGUUAGAGUACGCAGGAUCAGAACGGGGACAAGGAGACACUGAUAUUGAAAGUAAUUUCUCCCAUCCAUCCUCUCCUGGAAGUGAGGAUUUUGAUAAUAUGUCUAUUGAUAGUUCCACAAGCAGGUUCAGUAGUCUCAGUAAAAAGCCUAGUUUAAUCCAAAAGCUGAAGAAAUGGGGAAAAAGUAAAGAUGAUUCAAGUGCACAUUCUUACCCAGCAAGAUCCCUCGGGGGAGGAUCCCCCAGCAGGAGUAGCAUGAGUUAUAGACCUAGAGGUCCUCUUGAAGCCCUGAUGCUAAGAAAUGCAGGUGACAGCAUGGCUAUCACUAGUUUUGGGAUGGGAGAACAGGAUGACCUUAAUUCCCCUGAAACUCCAAAACCACAGCCUAGUCAAGUUCAAGAUUCUUCUCCUGAUUCACUCAAUUCUGUUGUAGCCUCUUUCCACUUAAUGUCCAAAUCAGUUGAAGGAGUUCUGGAAGAGAAGUAUCCUGUAUAUAAAGAUAGGCAUAAGCUGGCUUUGGAAAGAGAGAAGCAAAUCAAGGAAAAAGCUCAACAAGCAAGAGCUGCGAGGUUUGGUGACCCUUUGAAGGUGGAUAAAGAUAAAUCUGUGACUUUGCCUCCAAACCUUGCUCUAAUAAAAGAAAAAUCAGUUGCCUCUGGUGACUCAAGUGACCAGUUUAAUGAUAACAAAGUUGAUUCUACUGCAGUAAGCAAAAUGAAACUUGCACAUAUUGAGAAGCGACCUCCUAGGGUCCCUCGAGCACCUCCUAAACCAUCAGAAGGUGCUCCUCCUGAAAAAAGUACACACACUUCAAGUGGAGCACCAGGUAUGCCACCACCACCACCACCUCCUCCGCCAGGUGGCCCACCACAACCUCCACCUGUUGGUGGACCUCCACGCCCACCACCUCCACCAGGAAGUCUCUCAAGAUUGGCUGGAAGUGGUGACAAAGUUCACCGAGCUCCUGAACUAGUUGAAUUCUACCAGACAUUGAUGAAACGUGAGGCGAAGAAGGAUACACCAUCUUUGAUUUCUUCAACAGCAAGCCCUUCAGAUGCAAGGAGUAACAUGAUUGGGGAGAUAGAAAACAGAUCAUCAUUCCUCUUAGCCGUUAAAGCUGACGUGGAGACUCAAGGUGAUUUUGUUCAGUCGUUGGCUACUGAAGUCCGGGCAGCUUCCUUUACCAACAUAAAAGAUUUACUAGCAUUCGUGAACUGGCUUGAUGAGGAACUCUCCUUCUUAGUUGAUGAACGAGCUGUCCUUAAACACUUCGAUUGGCCAGAAAGUAAAGCAGAUGCAUUAAGAGAGGCAGCAUUUGAAUACCAGGACCUGAUGAAAUUAGAGAAGCUAGUAACCUCAUUCGUUGAUGAUCUGAAUCUUCCUUGUGAGGCUGCUUUGAAGAAGAUGUAUAAGUUGCUUGAGAAGGUGGAGAACAGUGUAUAUGCACUGUUGCGCACACGCGACAUGGCUGUUUCACGGUAUAAGGAAUUUGGCAUCCCUGUUGAUUGGUUGCUUGAUUCGGGAGUAGUUGGCAAGAUCAAGGUUUCAUCAGUACAAUUGGCACGAAAAUACAUGAAACGUGUGGCAUCAGAGCUUGAUGCCAUGCAUGAACCAGAGAAGGAACCUAACAGAGAGUUUUUAAUUCUUCAAGGUGUCCGAUUUGCUUUCCGUGUUCAUCAGUUUGCGGGAGGGUUUGAUGCAGAAAGCAUGAAAGCUUUUGAAGAACUAAGAAGUCGAGCUCACGCGAAAACAGGAGAAGAGAAUAAACUGGAAGAAUGAUUCUUUUUUUUUUAUUUUUUUGGGAGAUAUCUAGUUUCUACUUGUACAUUAUUUCAUCCUUAUGUGUGUAACAAUAUAUACUGAAACUGGUAGAAUCAACAUUUGAUUAGGGAAAAAUGCACACUUAUACAGAUCAGAAUAAGUGUAAUUUAAGGUUGUACCAAAAUGCUUUAAUCAAGAAGUUUGAGUCCAGCCCCAACAUUUUUAUUUGUUUUGA